UAAAUACUCCCUCUCCCUCCUAUGGGUUUCUCCUUUGAGGUCUCUCCAGUCUCUACAGCGGUUGGAUUCUUGGUUCCCUGCUACGCUCUUCUUCACCUCCACAGCCAACCAUGGUCGCCUCCACCAAGAAAACUAAGAAAACUCAUGAGAGCAUCAACAGUCGGCUGGCUCUCGUGAUGAAGAGCGGAAAGUACACAUUGGGAUACAAAACUGUUCUCGAGUCACUCAGGAGCUCCAAAGCAAAACUCGUUAUCAUUGCCAACAACUGUCCUCCACUUAGGAAAUCCGAGAUUGAGUACUAUGCAAUGUUGGCAAAGAUUGGAGUUCACCACUACAAUGGAAACAAUGUGGACCUGGGGACUGCUUGUGGCAAAUAUUUCCGGGUUUGCUGCCUCAGCGUAAUUGACCCAGGCGAUUCUGAUAUUAUUAAGAGCAUGCCAAGUGAUCAUUAAGGAAAUAGUGGCGGUUAACAAUGCUCGAGGAGAGAUUUUGAUGAGGAAUUUGGUCAUUUGUUUACGAUAUAGAUUUAGAUGUUUUCCCCAUUGAACUUGAUUUUUAUUCAAGUUUUGAUUGGUCUCGAGGAGGAGGGUUUACGGUUUGAACAUCAUUCUAAGACACGUUUAAUUUUGCUUUGGGUAUUUUUCGGAUUGUUGGGAUAUUUUGAAAGAGACCCUAUUUGAAGUGGAUAAAUUUCUAACCC